AUGCCUUGCGACGUCCUUUGCACCGCCACCUGCCUAACGCACAGCGGUGAGCAUGUCGUGGCGGCUCGCAGCACUCUGGCUGGGCCCACCAUCCUAGUAUGGGAUCUGCCAGGCAACCAGCCGGCUCGAGAGAUUGCCUAUCAGGCGUUGAGUCCGCUGGUGCGGGACGCCGUCUCCUAUUUGGCCAUUUCACACGACGAUCGCCUCGUGGUAGCUGGCUUCACGAAUCCGGCAGACGAACAGGCCUACUUCAUGGUCUUUGACUUGGCCGCCCACUACUCGGUAAGUAGGGGUGACUAUUUCUGUGUUUUAUAUUUUAAUUUUUACGGAACCGAUAUCUUUCAAAGCCUUUAA